AAGUCAAUGAAACAAACUCUCGGCAUUCCCCUAAACAUGCCAAAUAACUUCGUAAUAAGUGACACAACGAUCUCAAAAUGAUGUGAUAAAGACUUCUUUUAAGUUAUAAAAACAGUAUCUAGAGUUACAUUGCCCGAUUUUUUUUAUAAGGACGAUAAAAGGCCGGUUACGAGUGGUGUCUUUUUGGGUGGAUCAACUUCCUGAUCAAGUUUUGUUGCGUUUUCGUGUUGACACUGACAGGACAGUGUACAUUCGUAGUGCUUUGUAUACGUUUUACACACUGUGGUGAUGACAUUUGACAACAGAGUUAUGUGUCUGCCGAGGAUGGUGUGGAGUUUUGUUGUAUUAUUCAUGUUAUUCUAUACACAGAUCAUUCCAGUUUCUGCUGCCUCGCCAGAUCUUGCCUCUAAUUUGACCGUGGAAGCAAUAACAGCAGCAGGAGCCACAGUGAGAUGGGCUCAAAGUCAAACAUCAGCAACAUUUGAGAAUUAUAGAGUGUCAAUCAGCCCUAACAAUUUGGGAAUUGUUUUCACUCCUGGUCCUCUUAUCUCUUCGAACGCAACGGAGACAGUUAUAACAAAUUUAACACCUGGUGUUGAGUACACCGUUUCUGUUCGUACUGUAAAUGGUUCAGACGAGGGCACGCCAAAGACAGCUAAGCUCACUACGAAGCCAGAGAAGGUUGAUUAUGCAUCAAUUACUGUUGGCAAUACUGCAACGACGACGAUGGCCACCUUGACUUGGGGUGAAGUGACGACUCAAUUUCAAACAUAUGAGAUUGCUAUCACUCCAACAACAGGAGGAGCAAAAGCUAAUCCAGCUUCAGUUGACAAUGGGACAACCACGACAAAUCUCGAAAGUUUGACUCCAGGAACACUGUACAACGUAUAUAUCAACACGAAGAAUGGACAACUGGAGAGUGAAAAUGCGACCAUGACAUUUACUACAAAACCCCAACCUGUUGACCAGUUGAACAUUUUUGUCAACGCCGCCACCAAUACAGCCACAGUGUCAUGGGAGAAAGUUGCCAUUGGAUCAUUUGAUGCCUACAGCAUCAGUAUACAACCGACUGCGACAAUUUCAUCAACGCCGGUUGCGAGUUCUGUUGCAGCUCCAACUGUAAAUCUGUCGGGGCUUGAACCUGGCAUGGAAUACACCCUAACUCUUAAAACAGUUUCUGGUGGCAUAGAGAGUGAUGAUGCCACCAAAACAUUUUGGACAAAACCUAUGGCUGUAGAUGCUGGAAAAAUAACUCCUGCCGACAUUACCAUAUCUACUGCCUCUGUGUCAUGGACUCCAGUAGCUAGCGCAGACUCCUAUAGUGUUGCUAUCUCACCAUCGACAUCAGCUACCCCUAAUAUUGCUCACAGCCCGAAGUCAAGUACUACAGCUACCUUCAGUGCCCUUUCACCUGGCGUCGAGUACAACGUAUCUAUCACGUCCAUGAAAGGUGUGGUAACGGGUGAUGCAACACUGAAGACCUUCAGGACAAAACCGCCAAACCUUGUUGGACCUGUUGUCCUUGACGCUGUCGAGAUGAAUACUGCCACAGCCACAUGGAAGAGACCAGGCGCAGGAACAUUCACCAGUUACACGAUCAAUGUGACGGCUGAUGAGGAUGGACUAACACCACCGACGGUAACUCCGCCUUCUGUUCUGAGUAGUGAUGCAUCUCCAAGUGUUAAUUUGUCCAAUCUUGUCGCUGGUCAGGUGUAUACUGUUUCUGUCUCGACAAACUGGGAUGGAGUAGAAGGCUCGGCUACAACUAAAAAAUUCAGAACGAAGCCACUUCAAGUUUCUUCCAUUGCUAUAACUGACUUAACCACGACUACUGCAACCAUAACAUGGACUUCUCUUACACUUGCUGCCAAGUAUAAUUCCAUUUACAAGUACAAAGUUGAAAUUGUGCCGUCUGUGCAGUCUACUCCAAACAUAGCUGCUCCUAUGGUCCAGCAUCCUGGUAAUUCAGCUGGUGUGACUGGUAUGAUCUCUGGAACAAUGUACCAGGUAAAGGUGACUACCAUUGCUGGGAAGGACUCUCUUGAAGCGAUGAGUGAUCCUACUGAAUAUAACUUCACCGCAAAGCCAACACCUGUCACACAGAACACUAUUAAGUUUGUUAAUGUCACAAACGAGACCGCUACAGCGAUAUGGGGCACAGUUUCUGUUGGAGAAAAAAGUGAAUAUGAAGUCAGCAUCAGUCCGGCUGGACCGGUCAUCAACCCGAGCCCAGUUCCUGGAACAACAGACCCACCGACGACUGACCUGACCAAUCUCGUUCCUGGGACACUGUAUAACCUCACUGUAAUAACAUUGUCGGGUACGACCGAGAGCACUCCAUCAUCGGCCACAUUCACAGCAAAGCCAAUGUCUGUCAAUGCCAACCGGGUUCAGGUUACAGCUAUUACAAUCAUGUCUGCCUCUGUGUCUUGGCCCAAGAUCAACGAGGGCCUUGUAACUUCCUAUACCGCUACAAUAAACGAAGCAGGAACAGUCAACCCCGCAACUGUGACAAGUCUUGAAAACCCUUCUGUCCAGUUGACAGGCUUGACAGCAGGGACUGAAUACACAAUUGCCAUCUUCACCAAUUCUGGGGAUGUGAAGAGUGAAGCAGUCCAAAAGAAAUUCCACACAAUGGCAGAGCAGGUGACUGGCAUAACGGUUGAGACUGUCACAACGACCACUGCUACUAUAACGUGGCUGAAGGUCUCCUCUGGAGGGGUUGACCAUUACAGCAUUAGUGUUAGCCCUGUGGGAGCGACGAUUACCCCUGCCACAGUUGGCGGGUCUGAAACAAACCCGCAAACUAGCUUGAGUCAGCUGAGGCCUGGAGUCCAGUAUAACAUCACCAUAUCAUCCAUCGCUGGUAAUCAGACUACGUCUGCCAGCAAGACGUUUUUUACAAAACCUCAUCCGGUAUCUGUGUCAACCAUGCAUGUGAAGAAUGUCACCAGCGAGUCCGCCCUUCUCACCUGGGACGAAGUCGUCACGGGGGAGUUUGAAAGUUACAGAGUGUCCAUUUCUCCUACUGGGCCUACGAUCAUCCCUGCCAGCAUCAACAGCAAUGAAACCCGCCCCUCUAGUCUGAUUUCUGACCUGUCCCCAGGUGUUGAAUACACUGUUAUCGUGGUUACGGUUGCUGGGGACAUGGCAAGUGACCCUAGUGAUGUAAAAUUUAGGACAAUUCCAAGAGCAGUGGAUGUGGACUCAAUUGUAAUUGAUAGUAGUGCCAUUGACACCGCUAAUGUGACAUGGGCCAUGGUAAAUGGGACAGUCGACACAUAUACCAUUGAAGUUUCCCCCUCUGGACCAACGGUGACCCCAAGCUCUGUAAAUAGUGGAGACGCGCCCUUUAGCAGCCUGACUAACCUUUUGCCUGGUGCUCGGUACAAUGUGACGAUUAUGUCGGUGUCUGGGGACCAGUCUAGUGCUUCUACUUCUAAGAGCUUUUGGACAAAGCCAUCGUCUGUGACUGAUGUUAAUCUUGAACAAAACAUUGACAAGAUGAACAUUACCUGGAAGGCUAUGGCUGGCAGCACUCAGUCCAGCUACAAGAUCAGGUCCCAUGCCAUCUUUGAAAAUAUAACGUCAAAUUGGUCAGAAGUGACUGAGACUUCAAAGGUGAUCAGUAUCAAAGCAGGCGAGAAGUACAAGGUCGAAGUGAUUGCGAUCAGCGGUGACCAGAGCAGUGAUGCUGCUUCAGCAACUCUGGAGACAGCACCUUUCCCCCCAGCAGAAGCCUCGGUGGACAAGUCAGCGGCAACUAUCACCAGUAUUGAAGUGACAUGGACUGCUCCGACACCUGCAUCGUACAUCACCAAAUACAUCAUAAAGUACACUAAAGAGGGAAACCUAAGUACACCCAGUCAGGUCGAGGCCACUACCAAGGAAAUCAGGAAGACUAUACCUAGUUUAGAGGCAGGCGUGAAAUACAACAUUCAAAUCUUCACUGAGAGCACGGAUGGCAAAAUGAGCGCGACUAGUACCAACACAACGGGAACAGCGAAGCCCAACUGUGAUGUUGUUGUGACUGACCUCUCCACUGAAGAAGACAGGCUAAAGGCAAACUUCACUGCAAGUAAACUGGUAUUCACCGAGUAUAAGUUUGUCAUCACCUUUGGUCUAAUACCACCAACCAUGACUCUUCCAAAGAAUACCACAAUUACAGAACUUGUAUAUGAUAAGGGUGUGCAGCCUGGGAACAGAUAUACCCUCCGGGCAUCAUGUGUCAGCAAUGGUGUAGAAAGUAAUGCGACAGAAUAUUUUGUUUCUUCAGUUCCUGCCCCAGUUACUGAAGUUGAGCCUGUCACUCCUAGCCAUAUUGAAGUCAACAUGACCAUCUACAAACCCGAGGGAGCAAAUUCUGGUUUGGAGAUAACAUGCUCUGGACCGUCCCCUACUAAUCUGAAUGGUUGUGCAUUCCCAAAGAGUAGGCAAUUUAGUGACAACACCUUGCUUGUCACAUAUGAUAAGUUGGAUGCAGCGGAGGAAUAUAAUUUCACCAUCGUGGUUAUAAGCAAUAACAAAAGGAGUGCACCAAAGAUUGUGACGGUCAAAACUCUGCCUGGACGACCCGGUCCACCUAAUGAAUUCACUGCAUCUGCCCCUUCUCCGACGUCUGUGGAACUUGUGUGGAAAACCCCGAUAGAUUCCAAUGGUUUGAUCUCAACGUAUGUUGUUAAAUACACAGGGAUUUACAAAGACAAAAACAACUUGAAUCUGAACUUACCUAAUGACAAAAAGACAGUUACAUUCGACGGCCUUGAUCCCAAUGCUGGAAGCUAUUAUAAAACCCUUGAUGGUCUGAAGGGUGGAUACGAGUAUAACUUGCUUUUGUACGGCAAGACAAGUUAUCCAGAUCCUGGUGUGAAUGCUAAUACUAUAAUUACCAUGCCAAUUGCAGCCCCGACUCUAGCUGCCAAUGCAAAGCCCCCUGAAAGGACUGACACGACGAAUGAGACAUCUGUAACAGUUGUCUUCUCAAAGGCCUUUAAUUGGAGCAAUGGACCCAUUUUGUAUUACAGCAUUAUCGUUGCCGAGAACAGGGAUGGCCCUCCUUUAUCAAACGAAAUUUUGCCUGAAAGGGCUCUAUUCACAUGGAAACAGGUGUGGACCACGUCUCAUUGGGAACCCUAUAUAUCUAUAUUUCAAUGUGACAUAUUCGACAAAAAGAAACCUUGUGAUGGAUCACAAUCAGUCAGUAGAAGGAAGCGAAGUACAACAGAUAACACUGUCAAGGUCACUAUUGGGAUACAGGACUGUAAAAACAAAGUAGGGAGUGUCUAUUGUAAUGGAGCCUUGAGAGCAGGCACCUACUACCAGUUCCGGCUUCGUGGUUACACAGGUGAAGGAAAAUAUAACGACACACCUUACUCUCAAAGAAUUCCAACUAAGCCUGUUGACCAGACUGGUAUCAUCGUUGGGGUAACAGUGGGCCUGAUUGUCCUCCUGUUUAUAGUUGGUGGCCUGGCGAUUUUCUUCUUCAUCAAGUGCAGGAAGGCUGAGAGAGAAAGGAAGUACAAGGAGUCCGAAACAGAGGCACCACCGUCUUCUCCAACAGACCGCAAUCGUCCAGUGCGCCUCUCUGAUUUCCCUGGACAUCAUGCAUUCAUGCAUGCUGACACAGACUUCCGCUUUGCUGAGGAAUAUGAGGAUUUGAAAGAUGUUGGUAUUACCCAGUCGUUCCAAGCGUCUGAGGUGCCGCACAACCGCGUAAAGAAUCGCUUCACCAACAUCCUGCCAUAUGAUAGGUCACGCGUCAAGCUCAGCCCUUGUGAAGAUGAGGAGGGAUCAGACUACAUCAAUGCUAACUACAUUCCUGGUUUUACAUCCAAGCGUGAGUACAUAGCAUGCCAGGGUCCUCUUGCCAGCACCAAGGAUGACUUCUGGCGAAUGAUAUGGGAACAGAACUGUCAAGCUAUCGUCAUGCUCACCCGUUGUGUGGAAAAUGGACGGGAGAAGUGUUCACACUACUGGCCAGGGGACACUGACCCUGUCAUGUACGGUGACAUUGAAGUGGUCAUUCUCAAUGAGACUCAGACUCAGGAUUAUUCCAUCACUCAGUUCAGGUUGACUAAGGGUAGUCGUAGUCGAAAGAUUAGUCAUUUCCACUUCAGAGGAUGGCCUGAUUUCAGUGCCCCAGAUGAAGCAGGGGCACUUCUUCGAUUCAUGUAUCAGUUCCGUAGCAGGGUCGGCUUUGACAGUAGCCGACCAGUGUGUGUUCAUUGCAGCGCUGGAGUCGGAAGAUCUGGUACGUUUAUCACCCUGGAUCGUCUCACUCAACACAUGAAGCAGCAUGACUAUGUGGAUAUCUAUGGGACUGUUUACGAGAUGAGGAUGCACCGCAGGUAUAUGGUCCAGACUGAGCAACAAUAUAUCUUUAUUCACCGAGCCAUAUUGGACAUCAUCAACGACACCGAGAAGUCGUCUCCUCCCUCCUCGCCUGCUCAAGGAAGAGAGAAUCCAGCAUUCGAAGAUGAUGAAGAAGAUUAUGUAGUUGCUAUUAAACCCACACAGAAGCUGUUUCAUAUUCCUCUUAAUGACCUAAAGAUUUCUGAUGAUGAAGGCAUCACACUGGAAGUGCUCUCGUAAGUGGAUCACUGUGGCAGGGCCAAGUACAGACGUGCAAGAUGACAAGAGAGAAGAGAUGAACAAUCGGAUGUUGAGAACUUUUGACUGUGGAUGUCACAGCUUUUCCAUACUAUCAUUUCUAUUGCUGAGCAUUAGAAUUCCAUUUAUGAAACCAGAUGCAACUGGUAUCUUUCAUUGCCUUUGGAGAUCAGACUGUUCUGCUGGUCGUUAGAAACCAGAUGCAACUGGAAUCUUUCUUUGCCUUUAGAGAUCUGAGCUGCUGGUUGUUGAUAGGAAUGUUAAUAAGUGAUUUAGCACUUGGCAGUGAUGUGUUCACUGCCGCUUCAUCUCUUGGAUUGUUUGUUGAGAUCUGGUACGCCAAUGUUCAAGGCGUUACUCAUGUCUAUGUGUUCUUGUCAAAAGAAAUUUAGUGUCCUGUUUGAUUUCAUGUGAGGUACAGGCACAGAUUUGCUUUGUCUUUUAACUUUGAUUUUGGUGUUCGACAUCGGUUUUGUGUUGUUAUCUCCACCACGUUGCGUGUAUGUGAUAUUGCCUGUACCUCGCACGGGAUGUCUGACAUCUGUAGGUUGUGUUUUUCUUCACUGAAUAGCUUUUAGUUCAGUCUUGUUGACUGCUGAAAACUGUUCAGUGACAUUUUUAGCUAGCCUAACCAAAUUUGUAUUCAAGAUGCAUCACUAGACCCUUGGAAGACUUGAAUGGUACAUCGUUGUGUAGUAGGGGAUGUAAAGUUGGGAUCAAGCUUAGAGGACUGGUUGAAAUAUUUUUGUGAUAUCAACAUUUGGUACAUCAAUGUACAGUAGGGUAUGUAAAGUUGGGAUCAAGCUGAGAGGUCUGGUUGAAAUACUUUUGCGUUAUUCACAUUUUGUAAUAUUGUGCAUAUCUUAGAUGUGCUGCAGCUCUGUUUAAGUGAUCUCAUGAUAAAGGUAGAUGUGAAAUGCAUGGAGUGUUGUAUUUCUGUGGCUUCUUGAGGGAUCACCCAGUGUAGCAGACAAUUCUAUUUAUAAAUAUGUAUUCAGAAUUCUAACAACAUAUGUAAUAACCGUGCUUUGGAAACUCAAUAUCUCAGAUUUAACACAACAUGUAUCAGGAGGAUUAAGGAAUUGUUUAGGAUAGAGCAGUUCAGUUUGUUCAAACUACAAAUGUAUUGUCUGAUCCUAACUCACGAGGAUUAUGAUUCUUAUUUGGUUAUUAUUUCCACAACGAGCACAGGCUAAAUUCACUUGUCAUCGACAAAUAUUUUUGUUUCUAAAUUCAAAAUUUGCUAAAAAUUUACCAAAUUCAAUUUGAUACUAAUCACAAUAGUUCUUAAUACCCUUUAAAAGGGAUAUCAGUGUUUAUAUGAUGGAGAAGUUAUAAAAUUCAAAAAGCUGCUUUAGUAAUUGUCAAAGCGUUAGGCGUAGAAUAUAGAAUAGUUGGUCCACAUUUUUAUAGUGUGUCAGUUCCGAGUAUAAAGUAAACGCCAAUUUGACAGCGUGGUCUUUACUUUUCAGGUGGUAAUUUAUAUUUUAUACAUGCAAUGGUUUUGUUGCUGAUCACUAUGUAAUCUUAAUGUGAUUUUGUGCAUGUGGAAUUUCAGUGAAAGUCUGUGUGUGUGUUUAGACUUAAAAAUCUUUGUAUAAAUUCACACUGUGUGCGUUUGUUAGUAUGGGCAAGAACAGAAUGAAUAUGACGAAAAAUUUAUAAGGCUCGAUUGCAUAUUUUUGUUGGAAUAUUAGUCUUUCAGGGGUUAAUGACUGGUCUGAUGUGAUAAAAAUGGACGGUUCAUCUUACUCUAAUACUUCUUCUUCUUCUUCUUCUUCCAAUACUUGGUUGAACCACUCAAAAGUGUAUGAUUAGCAAACCACCUCUGCUAGAAGACCACAUUGGUUGACUAGCCUGCAUUGCUAUAACUAAAUGCGGAAAAGUCUUAUGCUGUACUAAUAGCAAUGACCAUUUUCUUUUAUAAAUCAGUUUCACAGAAAUUCCACAUUGAGUGAUUUUAAACGUGAUCAAAAGAGUGAUUGAAUAUGUGAUCGGUGUACUAUUACCGAAAAUAAUGAGUGAAUGUAACACGAUUUUAAUUUGAUCAGCAAAACUGAAUAUCAUGAUGAUGUUUGUCAGCAGACGGUAAAUGUCACUGACGUCUGCCGUUUGCAGUAUUGUGAUCUUUUGUAAAUAUUGAAGGAAAUUUGACUCAUUUACAACUGCUGCUAUCAUUAGACGAGACAUUUUAUGAACUUACUGAAAGGACCACUAAAUUUUCCUUUGUUUAUAUUUAUUUCUUGUAAUAAGAACGACCUGAGAGAUGAAAUUCUCAUGACAUCUUUGCUGUAUGUGUGAGAGCAGUUGACAAAUACCAGUAUUAACAUGAUUUUUAUCAAGUUACUGACGACAAAAACAUUUUCAUUCCAACCCACCGUUUCGAUAUUGAUUCAGCUCUUGCGCGAGUGUUUCAAAGACAUUACAUAUACCUCUCAUGACAUCUUUACUUGUGACAUGUUCCAGCUGUUUAAAAGUUAUGAUCUUAGAGUCAUGUAUUGCUUUAAAAAGGCUUAUAGUCAGUAGCUGGGGGAUCAAUUUUGUGGUCUUCAGGUGAUAAUUUUAUACACAGUCAGGGGACAUAUUUGAUUCAGUGAUGAAUAGAAUUCUUGUGUAAGCGUGAAUAGACGUACCGUGAGAUAGGCAAGAUUAGAUCUCUAUCGGGGACUUUGUAUAACUUACUGCAAGCUGACCUACCUGGCUCCUGCCAAAAGAUGACCUUUUAAGUCUGUUGGUUUAUUGACUGCUUCUGCUGUGACAAGUUGUCUCAGGAUAGUGACUUACACAGCCUCCUUUCUGUGAUGAAAAGGUAUAAGUAGUUUUGAAUGGGUUAAAAAUUCCUUCUGAAAUGUUAAAUAAUUAUUUUUGGUAUAAAUUAUGUUUUACAUGUGUAAUUAAUCCUUUUAUAACUGUAGUUAGGUGAAGCCUUUCAACGAACAACUUUGCCAUGGUGGUGCAAUUGAAGAGAGCCAUUGUUCAAGUUUGAAAUAAUAUUUGCAAGGAGCCAUAAUGACUAAAGUUGGUAGCCCUAGGGGUCCUUGAAUUUGUCUAUUUCUCUAAAUGGUUGGACGUUUGUUGUAUGAAAAGAAAAUGAUUGACUUCUAGGGCCAGCCUUUGAUGUUGAAAUCACAGGUUAGAUCGGCGUCUUGCCUGUUUAAAGUUACAGUUGAGAUCACGUCGCUAGGAUCAAAGGCCGAACCGAUAAGUCGGCGUUCCCCACAACAGAGGAUGACCGCAAGGACUGCUAAUGCAGAAAGAGGUGAAUUCCUGAACUCUGAUGUUAGAACAAAAGCAGGCCAUGGUUGGUUCAAAGCGCCCUCUAAAUAGAACAAGUUGUUUUGGCUUGUGAUGUUUACUGUAAAUGUCACACAGGCAUUGGGGAGGAAUUUCUUACAUAUUGUCCUGUGAUGCAAAUAUUUUGUGAUCAAAUUAUUCCUGAUCUCGUAACUACAUCGAUACAUUCCAGACAUUGUCGCCUGUGUAUAAAUUGUUGCUGUUUGUUUCAGCGUCUGUACUUAAAAUACUUUAAAAUAUAUGUUGGAAAUUUAGUGGGUUUGUUUGGGCGAGGGUAUGUUAUUUGGGGCAGAUUUCUCUUAUCUUGGAAGGUACUCUUAUGUCUGGUGGUUUGGGUUAGAGAGACAGGUGGUGUCAGUGCCAGUAUCAUUGAUCGUUAUGUAAUAUGCAAUGCACUGCAUUAUUUUGUUGGCAGGUAACAUUCUGGCACACCUGUUGGUGAUAAGGCAGCCCAUUUCAAGCCACUUUUGUCCUCACAUACAUGUAAUGGUGCCUUUAAAUAUUUUCACUUUCAUUCUUAACAUUGGUGUUAUUUUGUAAGAAUCAUGUUCAGGCUGGCUUGACUAAUAUUUUAUCUUAUUAACCAAGAAUAAUUUCAGAAAUAUAUCCGAGUGUCACCCCAAAACAAUGCUUACUGUCAUGAGGAAAGUGUAUCAAAAGAAAUGUUGACAGCCUAUUUAAAAUCAGAUUGUAUACAUGUGUCAUAAUAAUAUUGUCUUUGCUCAGUGAUGAGUCUAUUUAAUGCAAAAACUAAUAACUUUGCCUUUAGGUUUCAGUUGGACCAGUUGUUAAGGUUCCUAUGAUGGCAUAUUCAGAUCAAGAUGAAAAUGUUAAUUCAAGCAAUACUUCAUCAACACCGUUCUUUUAUUAAUCCUCAUAGUGCUGUGGCUGCAAUUUUUACCACCUUUUGGAUGGCAGCAUGGAAUUGCAUGUAUUGUGCCUUGAAUUGAAACUGGUACUCAAUCCGAAUGAAAUGCAUAAUGGAUUCAUUGGUAAGAAAAUUCCGACAAAUCAAAGUUGUUUUGAGAGCUCAGUUGACAACUUUAGAGUCUGUGGUAACUAAAAAUUGAUAGGUUUCGAAUUGAUCAACUGGGUAUUUUUAAAAAUGUUUUGUGGCUUUUCAAACUAACAGGUUUAGUUUUGAUUUUUUGUUGCGAAUGUGAUUUUUACACCUAAUGUGAAUUCUUCGGUUUUGGUUGUGAAACGUAUCUGUAACUAUAGCAGAUGUCACAGUCAGUGAGAUGGUAAGAACAGCUGUCAUGGUGUUGACACCGUUUUGGAGGGUAGUUGAGACAACAACAGCUUAAUAUCAAACUGUUUCACCAAUCCAAUUACUGUAGCAAUCGUCUGCUGCAUAUUUCUCUGAGGUUAGGUAAAGCUGUUGGCCUUCUUACUGAUUAAGUGGCAUCCUCUAAAGAUACAAGUUAGUUGAAUUUAUAUGCACUGAGGAAUCUUGUUGUGAAUGCAUGUUCAUGCUUUGGGUGAACUCAAUAUAACAUCUAUAAAAUUUGUUGAAUGCUAUUAAAGUGGCCAGUAUUUGUUUCUUUCGGUCAUUUGAUUGAAAUCAAUCCUUUCGGACAGGAAGUCUUUUCUACAAUGACUUUAUUUCUAUAGACUGUAUCUUAGUUUGGGGGUCAAAUUUUAAGGUAAUUUCUAUAUGCAAAUUCACUUUCUCCUGUUCAUGGUAAAGCUCAGAAGUGUUGGUGUUCAGUCAGGUUAUAAAUCAUGGGUACUUUUCUCUCUUGAAAUUGGACUUUGAGGUGAGCCCAAGUUUCGCUUGAUUAUGCAAUCAAAAAUCAAAAAGAAUGUAAUUUAGUUUCUAUUUUAAAAUAUGGCAGAAAUAUAUUUUUCUCACUAAAAGAUGUACAUUGAUUAUAUCAGUAGAAUAAAGUUACUGUUUGGUAAUAA